ACAGGUAAGACAGGAAGUGCUACAAGUUGCCGCAUGAAUAUUAUUAAUGAGAACAGUUUUUCUUUGUUUCUGAUAAAAGUCAUCUAAGUUGAAAUAUGUAAUAAAAAGACAGCUUAACAUACAAUUAAACACUUUAAAAUUUGGGUUAAACUGGCAUUAAGUUGUGCAAAAUGAUUGCGGAAAGUUCGAGUUUUUGAGCAAGCUGUUCACCAUCAACGUAGCAAGCUAAAAAUUGGUUGAUCAAAUAAAAAGGAUCUAAAUAACAACAUAUUCAAGGUAAAUGCCAAACAAAUGAAUGGUGUUUGCAAAACAGUUACACAAACUUUGAAAUAAAUACACAACUUGGCAAUAUAUAGCAUAGAACACUUCAUGAAUGACUUCAAGCCUUCUAGCUUGCUGCAAAGCAUGCACAUGUAUCAGAUGCACUAAUUGAUACUUAGGCAGUCACUGGUUCCAUUCAUAUCUGGAGAUAUGCAGCCAUGAGUUCCACCAACCACAGACUAUUCAGAAUGAGCUAUUAAACUUUGAGUUUUUGCACAAGCUGUUCACACUAAUUUAGUCACAAAGAAGAGCCUCUGAUGGCUGUAGCGCCUGGGAAUGACUAGAGCAGUCAGCUCCUACAGAAGUCUUGGUUCAAUAGCGCCGGUAUGCCCUCUCUGAGUAAGCAGACUGCACUAGACUACUUCUCCCAGAGGAGCAACCCAUUCUAUGACAGGACCUGCAAUAAUGAGGUCAUCAAGAUGCAGAGAGCAGACCCUGAGCAGCUCACGAAGAUGACUGGUAUUGAGUACAUGCUUCUUCACGUCCAGGAACCAAUACUGUUUGUAGUACGGAAGCAACACCGUCAGACACCUGAGCGAGUCACUCCAUUGGCCGACUACUACAUACUGGGGGGCGUGGUCUAUCAGUGUCCUGAUCUCUGGUCUGUUAUCAAUUCUCGUAUGUUGUCUGCCCUCCACUGUGUACACGAGGCCUUCACUGAGAUCACAUCAUAUGCUCGCUACGAUCCCAGCAAGGGCUACUCGUGGCAGUUCCCCAGUGACACACCCUCAGAGAUAACAAAAGGGGCAGGAGCAGAACAUUUCUCAGAGGAACAGCGUCGGAGGGUGGAUAGGCUACUCACUGACCUCACACACAAGUUCCCUCCAAAGGCCUUUGGGAAGAAGAACGGGGGUAGACCUGAGAUUAGUGAUAGGGAGGAGGACAAAGGAGCUCUCGACCAACCACCAGACGCUAAGAGAAACAAAUUAGCUUGAAUAACUCUACCAUUUAUAUUCUACUUUGUCAAAAUCAUGUUCAUAAUUAUUUCCCAUUCACAAUAAUUA